GGCGCCGAAUCCGACAUCUACCAGUGGGUACAUGUGGAUAGAAUUUGUGCAAUGUGGUUUGAAGCGAGAAAAAAGUCUUGGAGAAUUCGACGUUAUGGCUAAUUUCAGCCACUAUUUCGUAUCCCUGGAGUCGCUAAUUUUAUAAUUUUGUUUCUGAUUCCUCUUUCUCCCGGUGAAACAGUUUUAAUUCUUACCGAAUAUUUAGAUCUUAUUUGCGAUAAUUCUUCCACCUGGUCACUUCCAGGUCAUUCUAGCUUACACUGUAACUUGGAGUUGUGGUAGGUAUUGAGUAUUCCGCAAGGUCGUAUGAAGGUUUUUUCUACAAGCAAUGCUUGGAGAAUGCAACUCAAGAAUGGCGAAUGUUGAGAACUUGAAGCUUUUUAGGUCAUUGGCUUGCAGCUUGCGAGGGUUUUGUUUUCCUUUGUUUUUUUCUUUCAGGAGUCAGUGAGUUGGGUGUUGCGACGUGGAUUCAGACAAUGGAACUGGAUUAGGAACAAGAGAUUAGUGUCUUUCUGUGCAGUGAAGGUGUAGGAUUCAAGUCAAAUACUUUUCAGGGAUGGUAUGGGAGAGAGUCGUGUCAGAGGAAGAGCAGUUCCUUCUUUGAGUCACUGAGAACCAGCUUAAGUACUGUUCCGGCGACCUAGAAGUAUCGAAGUGUACAUAUCGAGAGUAAGAGAGGAUUUUACGGGAGUUUUUAUUGCAAUUAUGUCUGGAAGAUCUGGGGCAGGAGGCUAAUGAGAUCAUUUUCAACGUGGGUUUUAGAUCAAUAGGGGUUGGGAAGUAUAUUUGGGAGAGUGCUGAGUAUGUGGUCGUGGUUUUAGAGGCGAGAAUUUGUUAAGAUCGGAGACUAAAAUGAUGCUGCCUCUUGCAAAGCUGGGGACACUUGUGUUGAGAACCCUCAGCAAACCUUUGGCUAGUAGAUUGAAGCAGCAAGCGGCGCAUCACCCUCGGUUUCGGGAGAUUAUUAUCAAUUUCGCUCAGUCUAAUCAUAGAUUUCAAGUGAACGUGCAAAGACGGAUCUAUGGCCAUGCUACAAACGUGGAAAUCCGGCCACUGAAUGAGGAGAAGGCUGUUCAAGCUGCUUCAGACUUCCUUGGCGAAGCUUUCAUCUUCAGUGUUGGAGGAGGUGUGGUUAUAUAUGAAGUUCAGCGAAGUGCUCGUUCUGAAGCUCGAAAAGAAGAAGCUCGCAAACAAGAGUUGGAGGACUUGAAGAAGCGAGAUGAGGUCGUUGCUGUCGAGCUUGACAUGUUACGGGAUCGAGUGGAGGAGCUAGAGCGGAUGUUGAAAGGAAGAGGUAUCACAAGCUGGAUACCCGGCAUAAACAAGUCAGAGGAGAAGGGCCAUGUACGCACAACGUUUCCUCAAAACCCCUCCGAAAUGGAUCAAACAGCAAAACAGUAGUGUCAACCUCGGUUUCAGCUUCCGUUUAUUUCAUCUUGAUUGGUGGCAAAGGACCAAAAGAACGCUUAUGUCCCAUCAAUGGCGUUUCAACGAGGAUGCAACAUUCGGAGAUACUAUUAUCUCAUAGUAGCGUAUGUUAGACAGAAGAGACACCAAAUAUUUGGAUACUGCUUAGCAGGCAGUGUUUUCAGUCAGUCGUCGGUUUAGUUUCCGAAUUUAUCCUGGUAUGGUAACUUUGUAGGGUGAUUGUUCUUUUGGAUUCGAGAUUUAUGAAUAUCCUUAUUGAAUUUCAUGAUCCUUUUUCUAAAA